CCGGCCGGUCGAUCACGGAGGCUUAUCACCGCCGUCGACGAUAGCUACGGAUACGCAACUCACCGCUACGCAUCGCAUGAAAAUGAUAACGUGGAAUGACGAAUGAUACAAUCGUAGAUAAUUUUCAAUUGUAUAUGAUCUAAAGAUACAAUAAAUGAUAAUUAACAUUAACAUCGUCGGAACUGAAGUAUAAGUCGCCGAAAAUGCAGCGCGAUGACAAACAACUGGAGUUAGUGCUAGAGAACUUCCAGAGCAAGCUGAACGAAUUCAAAGGUCAGAUAUACUCUCUUAUAUUCAAGUUGGAACAUGAACGGGACAAUGUGAGCUGGACCACUGUGCUGGACACGUUUGCGGUAUUUUCCACGCAGUACACUGCUAUCAUGAAGUAUUUGUCGUAUGAGAAAUUACCACAGUUGCGCAACUACAGUGUACUGCCGCUUAUGUUGAACCCUGAACGUGAUGAAGAACUAGCUCGUAUCACUGAGAACCGUGUGCCAGCGUUAUCCCAUGAUAUUGUGCCAGACUUCUUGCGUACAAAGACUGAACCCGAGGUUGAGCAUAAACUUAUGCAGGUUGAACACAAAGCUAGUGGUUUGCAGUUUGAAACUGCUCAGAAACAGCUAGCAGCAUUUAACAAAGUUGUCAAUCAUGUUUUGGACCUGGUUUCAAAAGCCAGAGAAGAAUGGGAAGUAGAAACUGGAGCUCGAGUUGGUAUUGGUCAAACAUCAUCGGUUGCUGACCUACAUACACUAGUGUCAGCUAUUAGCAUGGGUAAGAAUUUAAAACCGAUGGUGCCACAAGUAUCUCCUGGUGGAAUGAUGGUACCGCCUACAGGUAGACCAGUAACUCCUAGCAUGGGUCCUAAUACACCACCAAUGGGUAUGAUGCCUAAACCGCCCCCAGGAAUGAAGACAAAUGUCAAGGCUGCUGGAACACCUCAUCAAUACAGAUAGAGUAGUUUAAUACAUUUUAAAUGUCUGUCUUAUUCAUACUUUGUAUAUAUCUUGUACUAGAUAAAUUUGAUGACAUCAUUCUUA